CUUUGUGGGGUCGUGUUUUUAAAAUUUGUGUAUGUAAAUAUGAAUGAACAAACCCGACGCGAAAUGUCAAACCACGUCUCGAGAUACGUUCUUUUAUACGCCCACUGCUUUAAUUCACAGUAACCGACUACUGCGCUCAAGAAAGUACGCCAUCUUCAUCUGACGUCUCAUCAUGGCCGACACGGAACAGAGCCAGUUUUCUCUGAUGAGCCUGGAGGAUGAGCUGACCUGCAGCAUCUGUCUGAGUCCCUUUGACUGUCCGGUGACCAUCCCCUGCGGACACAACUUCUGCCAGGGCUGCCUCCUCGCCACCUGGAAGGACACCUACAGCUGUCCUCAGUGUCGGACCCUCUUCGCCACCAAACCGGAGCUGAAGAAAAACACGGUCCUCAGCAGCGUCGUCCAGACCUUCAACCUGAGGUCGAACAGGAACGAGACCAGCCUGGUGGUGGAGGAGAGCAAGGCGGAGAAAGAUGAUGUGGUCCGCUGUGACACCUGUAUGGAGGCAGAAGCGGCCCAGACCUGCCUCACCUGCAUGGCCUCUUUCUGCGAGGAGCACCUGCGGCCUCACCGGGAAAACCCAACUUUCCGUGUCCACCAGCUGAUUGAGCCUAUCGGCGACCUGUUGGAGCGCAUCUGCCCGGACCACCACAAGCUGAUGGAGUUCUUCUGCAGCCAGCAUGGCCGACCAAUCUGCAGCUUAUGUCUCCAGCAAGUCCACAAAGGCUGCACGUUCAUAUCACCUGAGGAGCAGAGGAGCCUGAAAGAGUCUGACUUGAGAGGCAAGUUGAGUUUGCUGGAUGGGAAGAUGACCAAAAACGAGAAUGUUGUCUCUCAGAUGCAGGACCUGCAAAACAAGCUCAAGGACUCGGCAACCAACAGGAGGAAGGCGUUGGCCGCUGACUAUCAGCAGAUGCGGGAAAUGUUGGCUCGAGAUGAGCGAGAUGCUCUGAAUGCAGUUGAUCGUGAGAUGGAAAGUGGUCAGACCAAACUCAAAGGUCUCAUGAAGAAGUUUACUGAGAACAUUAAUAUUAUGAGCAAAGCUAAAGAAGAUAUCCACAGUCUCCUGAGUCAGUCCCAGACUCUGGCCUUCCUACAGACUUCAUUUGACCUGCCGGCAGCCGUUAACUUUGACCCUUACACUCCUCGAGUCAACCUGGACUCCAAGAAAGUGAUAGCAACUCAAGCCUUUGCUGCUGCACUCAAGGAGCAUCUGACAGAGAUCUUCAAAGACCCUGUUGAGGCCAGACUACUCAAACUUAAACCAGAACUAAACACCAGCAUUGUUGCGUCAGAUGAAAAAGCAGUUCCUGCCUCAGGAAGUACCGGAUCUAAGCAGGAAUCUGACCCUCAAAAGCAGAAAAGAAAGCCCAGGUCCCACAGUCCAGGAGGUCCACCCAACCUGCCACCCUUCCAGCCACAAGUGCCUCUUUAUAUGACACAUCUGGGCCUUAAUCUGCCCCCGUAUUAUCAGGGGAUGCAGUGGGCUACAGGGCAGCCAGAACCUCCCAUGCUCCCCAGUCCAGGUUCCCAACUCCAAGCCAAAGGCCCAAAGAAGAAACCUCAAAAACAGACCAAAAAAGCACCCCAGUCCACUGAGGCCAGUAUGGGAAAUAAGGACCAAGCCAAAUCACUAGAGAACCUGAUUAGUUUUGGAGCGAGCGACGAACCCAGAGGCUGUACUCCUGGAGCUGAAUUACAGAAACCAGAAACUUCACACAUUCCACCAGACAUAACAUCUGCUGAGAAAAGAAGUGAACUAUUGAAAUAUGGCACAGUGCUCACUUUAGACCCAAAGACGGCCCACAAACGCAUCUCCCUGAGUGAGGGCUUCACUAAGGCCUCUGUGUCAGAUGAGCACAUGGACUACCCAGAUUCCCCUGAACGCUUCGCUGUCUGCUCUCAGGUGCUCGCCUCGAAGGGUUUCUCCAGAGGGCGCCACUACUGGGAGGUUCGACUCAGCAGCAACAAUUUCAUUGGCAUAGGCUUGGCUUACAGUAGCAUUGACCGCAAAGGCCCCACCAGUCGGCUGGGCCGCAACGCCCAGUCCUGGUGUGUUGAGUGGUUCAACGUCAAGCUGUCCGCUUGGUAUAACAGCAGUGAGACCGUGCUGAUCAAUCCCAAUCCAAAGCGUGUAGGUGUGCUGUUGGAUUGUGAGGAGGGCACAGCUACGUUCUAUAAUGUUGCAGACAGGGCAUAUCCCUUCCACUCCUUUGUGUUCCCCUUUGCUGAAGCGGUGUAUCCAGCUUUCUGGAUUUUCUCAAGUGGCUCUUCCAUUACGUUGUGCAAACUGCAGGCGUGAGGAGCAUAUGCUCAUAAAUGGCAUAUGCAAGAGCACAAAUACAAACAGUCAGCUUGCUGUUCUACCCUCUCUUAUUAAUAAUGCAAAAGAAAGCCUUGCAAGUUGCAUUUAGAAAUUAAGUCUCGAAUGGGUUUGAACAGUGAACACAUAUAUCUAUGCAUACAUAUAUAUUCUGAUUAUACCCAAUGUUUGAAGUGGAAAGCCAAUGUUGUCUGUGCAGUUGCAACUGAAUGGCAUAUUCAUGGUAUCAGAUGAAACAAUGAAUGACUCAACUAUUAGUGCUUAUUACUGCUUGUAUCGUUCUGUUAGGUUUGCUUAAUACCAAGAAAAUGAAGGAAUAGAUGGUGGUGGUUAUUCUCAACAGUUACUGGCAUCAUGUAUCUCAUGUCCCUAACUGUUGUUAGUUGUGCUUUGUGUGAUUUACAGCUGCUGACUGUGGUUAAGUGACCAUAAAAUUCUUCUUCUCAAAAAGGAGUAAAAGUCAUUGUGACUCGCUUAUAUGUCAGUCACACACAAUCAGUACUUAGAAACAAGUUAAAUGUAUUACACAUGAUAUAUUGCCUAUGUAGAAGGAAUAGAAAAUGCUGUGUUUGAUGGCAUAAUAUGUAGUAUACAGCAAGCAAGCAACAAUUUAACCAACUAUAAUGGCAGUCAGUAAAGUACGUACCUGUAUCAAGGCCCAGCAGCCCUAUUUUGUACUCAGUUAUAGAUACCAUCCACAACUUUGACACCUGAUUUUGUUCAUCAGUAUCCAUGUAUUACACCUUGAGAAAUUAAUGAAAUGUCAAAAAACACUCCAUCUCAGAAUGUUGAAAGUCCGUCCCUUCAUCCAGAUCCUGUAUUCCUGUAUUUAAUAUGUUCUAUUCUUGGCAGAGGCCCACCCUCCAUUCAAGUUUCACAAAAAUCUAUUCAGUAGUUUUUGUAUAAUCCUGCUGACAAACAAACCAACAGUGAAAAACAUAUCCUACUUGGCAGAGGUAAAAACUCAGAUGGGCUGUCAACCAGUUAGUUUCAGCUGGGUGUCUUAAUAGAAUGAAGACAGGGAGGAGCGGUAGCUAGGGUUACUUGGGUUUGUUUCAGUUUUCAGAGAUUUAAUCUACUUUCUCAUUUUCUAUGCUCAGAACAGAAUACACACACACACUGUUCAAUUACAGUACAGCAUAUGUGUGUGUGCUGGUGGCUCUCCCAUAUUUAUAUGCGGACCAUUUAUACCACAUUGUAGAAUGGUUAGCAAUACACCUGGAUAGAGAAUUGAAUCAAUCACAUCACUCGCGAACAUGUAAUUAUAACUGAUAAUAUUGGAAUGAUUGUUUUGGUGUGUGUUUGAGGUUGAAGAUAUUUUGAAAUGGGUUUUACAUUCCCUAUAGAUUCCUUUGCGAUGGGCUAGAAAUGUAUUUGUUGCGCAACGUGAUUGGCUUUCCAUUCUGCACAAGCAGUGUACCUUACAGACGUAUGGAGGCUUCUAAUUUUCAUCUUGAGGAUUUAAUUGAUAUAAGCAAUGUGAAUCAAUUGAAUCACCCAGCUCAUUUCUUCAACUUUUUGACUGAUUAGAAAAGUGGUCAUAUGGACUCUGUUCUUAUCAAGUUUUGACAGUCUCUUUUUCUUCCUCUUAACAAUAUACUCACGGCAUUCUGCCUAGAUUGGUGGAGUUUGAGCCAGGAAAUAUUAUGAGGAGAAGGAAGGGAUAACAUGCAGCAGUAAUCCUUGAUCAGAACCUCAGAUGUCAUGCUUGCAUGGACUGCCCCAUAGAAAUACAAAGCCAUGCUAUUUUAUGUCAAUGGCAGGCAUUAGACAAGCUUAACAAGCCAUCAGAUGCUCUGCUGGCAUUUUGUCAGGUGGUUGGAUGGAAGUAGGAUGCAUAGUUUCACAGGGGUAAAUUUUUUGUUGUUAUACAAAGUUUACCCUGGCCUGUACGAUGUGUUUGCUGAGGCGCGCUGGUGACAUUAGUUACAGUGGCUCAUUUCCUGCAUUUGGCAACACUGGAGCACAUUAGUGGUUGGUCAGUGUCCCUACUGGUCACUUUGAUUUAGACUUACUACGAGUAUGCUCAUCUUGCAGGUGCUACAUGAUGUAAUAAACUGCGGUUGUCAAGCAGUUUAGAUCUGUCUACACAACAUACAGUACAUUAACAGUGAAGUUAACUUGGACACAGUUCUCUCUGUUUGUUCUGACAAAGGAAGCCUAAGUACUGACCUCAUUGUAUUUAAUGAGUUUACAGCUGGGAACGGUUCAGACAUUGUGACUGUUAUGGUGAAUUAAUCCAUUAACUGGCUGUUAGUGACAUGCCAGUAUUUAAAGGUGCAGCAUAUCACCACAUGUAAAGUGUAAACCGGCAUUGGGAAAUCUACUGUUUUCACUUUGCCGUUGCAUAUCACAAUGGAGAAUUCUGGUUUGCGAAGCUCUGUGAACCUACUGAGAGCACUCCCAAACCAUAAUAAGUGUCUAAUAACAGACAGACAUUCUGUUGACACUGGUUUACUCUCACUACCAAACUUCAUCUACACAAUGGGUGUGUCAUUGUGUAGCAGAAAAAAAGAAGAUAACAUAUUUCCUGCAACAUAUGACAUGAGUUCUGUUAUGGCUUGUAACAUAUCCUCGAUCAACCUCUGACUCCUGUGGCUCACAGAUUAUUUUGUUUUUUGUUGUUUUGCUGAGCUUAAACUGAAAUAUUGUUCAUGGCUCUUGACAUCUAUGUGGUUCCCACUGCAUGCGAUUUGAUGCUGAUAAGCUCACAUUAAACCAACCAAAAUGUGUCAUGCUUGCAUGUGUGGUAGUUUUAUUCAGUUUACCCAACAGGAGAUGCAUAGAUUAACUAUAAAUAUAUCUGUGUGAAUGCAUAUUUCUGUAUUUGAUGUAGUUCAAUUAAAAUCAUGUUGUAUUACACAUUAAGCAAUGAUUGGUAUCAAUAAACAUGUGCUUCUCUUUCA